GCUUCCCUGCAGAGGGGCUGACUACUUUUGGAGCAAGCUGUCAACGUCAAGUACGAACUAAGCCAAGGGAGGAGCUCGUUCCUGCUCUCGCCGCAGCAUGCGUUGAUUCCAGAAAUCCAGUUCAUUGCGGCUCUCAUCCAAGGCCGUUAUCUUCUUGGAUGUCCUUCUCCCGUCGACAUUCCCUCCUCAGCUUGGCACGUGACGUUUCAUCGCCUCGAGCUGCAAACACCAGCACCAGAGUGUGUAACGGCGGGCGACCACGGACGCUUGAGCUUUGAGGGCCCCGAAACUUCUCCAUGGCCAUGUUUUAGAGCCAAAGUGAGUCAUCCUUAGACGCCAUGGAGGACCUGGUCCUGGAAGCCCGCUCGGAGCGCAUUGCCCGCUACAAGGCGGAGAGGAGACGGGAGCUGGCUGAGCACUUUGGACACACCGAGGGCUUUUUGGACCCCCGACGGAGCAGUGGCAGCGGGCAGGCGCAACACAUUGCUUCCCAAAACGUCAACAGCAAGACGCACAGUGUUCCCAAUGGAUCGGACCCUUCCGUCUGCCUGACGGGGCAGGAUUGCCAUGACACAGCGGCAGGGGAGGAGCACCCGGCGGCGGUGCAGCAGCAGCAGCAGCAGCAGCAGCAGCUCCGCACUCGGGUGUCGGUGGGCCAGCUGAGGAGCGCUCUUCUGCAGCAAGCGGGAAAUGGAGCCGAGGCGUGUUCCCAAGACGGGCCACGGGCUGCGUCGUCUCUGGACCCGACGGUGAAGUCCACGACAGAUGGGGCUCGCCGCCGCACCCGCCGUUACUUCCCCGGCGGGCCAGGCGGCGCGCGCAAAAACAGCGAGCGCUUCAAGACUCAGCCCAUCACGGCCAAUGAGAUGGAAGAGAGCGGCGGAAGCGGGCUGCUGGAGACUGAGCAAGAGGAGACAUGUGAAGAAGCUGACGUGAAAACAGACGCAAGAGCCCAGAUGAGUGUGGCGGCCAAGAUGUCUUUAUUUAAAGAGCUGGAGAAGACGGCCGCCCCCGAGGCCUCGGCGUUCCUCAAGCCUCGCUCGGGAAGCGUCUGCCACGAGCGCAGGCAGCGGCGGGGCAACGACCAUCGCUUCCUCACGCAGCCAAUCACCUGCGAGGAAAUGGUGGCUGUCAGUCCGGCGCCGGAGGAGGCGCGCCCUCCCCAGACGGAGCCGGCGGAAGUGGACGACGAGACCUGCAAGCUGAGCGUGAGCGAGAAGCUUGCUCUUUUCAACAAGCUCUCUUUGCCCGAGGGGCCGAGCUCCGACGGCGCACCGGAGAGGCGGCGGCAGAAGGGCGCGCGAUAUCGCACGCAGCCCAUCACGGUGGAGGAAGUCAGCCUGCUGCAGAAAGGCCCCGUGCAGCUCCCCGCCUUGUCUCUGUCUUCUCACCUAUGCGACAGGCAACAGGCCUCGUCCGUCAACCUAAAGCCCAGCGAGCUGCGCCUCUCCUGCUCCAAACCCGACGUGGCGCCCUCGCCCGCCGAUCAGGCCACGCAGAGAUGCGACUCGGAACCCGGGCUAAGACGGAUCCUGAAGAGGAGCCGCUCGGAGUGCGCCGGGACUUCCGAGACGGAGCGCGACGGUGCCGUUUCACACGGAGAUGCUGCGCCCGGGGAGGAUGGCGGCUCACGGGCGGCCGCCCCAUGGAGGCAGAGGGUUCGGGCCAGGCGGGAGACCAUCGCCUGCACGCCCGUGCUUGCGCUGUUGAAACGCACUGACAGGCACCGUAAUGAAGUGGCCGAUUCAUCAGAGUGCCUUCAGGUCGCUCCGGUGAAUGAAGACGCUCAAGCGCACCACAUGACCAAUGGUAGCGCUAGUAAGGGAGAAAGUGCUCACGCGGAUGCAGUGAGGCCUCAGUGUUGGGAACCUGUCUACGCCUCUGUCUAUUCCAGCACUACACCUCAGUAUGUCAUGUGCUUCAACCAGAACAAUCAGUGCUACGAGGCACACGAGGUGGCAUCUUCUACAAAGAACCAGAGUCCCACUCAGAAGGUUGAGGAAGGUAAACAAGAGCAGCCUCGCUCGAUCAAAUCACAAGAGACGAGUGCUGAAUGUCCACAAUUGGAUAGCAGCGACAUCCGUCACAAUCAAUCUACGGAAGCUUGGAGGUGCUUAUCUGGUGCGAUGAAAGAGGCCGAGGUGACACCGGAGAGUGAUUUGUCCAGCGGGCCACCCUGUGGAGCCCCUUCAGAGACGGGACAAGGCCUGGACCUGUUCUGCCAGACCAACACUCCCAUCAGGCUGACGUCUGCGGUGGCAGAGCACCGGCGUUCCGUGCGCCCCUCCCGGCGUACCCAGGGAUCCCGAAACCCGCUCCGAGCCCUGGCGGCCCGCGAGGACGUCAGUCAGGACUUCAUGGGCCUCAGCGCUGCCGCCGAGGAGAGGCUCCAGAUUGAGAAGAAUUCCAAGAACUCCUCCGAGGCCCAUUCCGUCAGCUCCUCCCCGGAUCCUCGGGAGUGCCAUCCACCCUUCAUCAGCCCCAUGCUGCUUUUCAUCAAAGGAAGGCGGCACGUCCAGGUCCGCCUGGCCCCGCCGUCGGCCAGCUCCUUGAACAGCGGAGACUGUUUUCUGCUGCUCACGGCAGAGGACUGCAUCGUGUGGAGCGGACAGUCGGCCAACCGUGAAGAGAAAGCCAAAGCCUCCGAGUUGGCAUCUUUCAUUCAAGGCCGCAAAGACCUAGGAUGUCAUGCCACCUGUGUUGUCCACCUGGAGGAGGGGCUGAACUGUGACAGCAGCCUGGCCACAAACUUCUGGAACAUCCUGGGAGGAAGAACCACCUACAGAGGAGCUGGUGCAGCAGAGGAGGAUGAGCUCUAUGAGCGUGGCAUUGCGGAGUCCAACUGCGUUUACAAGAUGCUGGACAACAGACUGGUGCCCCACGAGCAAGCCUGGGCCUCCGUGCCCACCAUCUCAAUGCUGGACUCCAAGGAGUCCCGUGUGUCUGUCCAGAUGCUGGUGUUUGACUUUGGCGGCGAGGUGUACCUGUGGCUGGGGAAGGACGUGCCCGCCGAGCGUCAGAAGGUGGCGCUCCAGCUGAGUCGACAGGUGUGGCUCGGGGCGUACGACUACAGAAACUGCCGGGUCAACCCCAUGGAUCCCACCCAAAGCGCCGCAGAGACGCAGCUGAUCGGUGAAGGCCGUCCCAGCUGGGCUCUGUUUGGCGUCGUGCGGGAAAACGACGAGACGGCUCUGUUCAAAGGCAAGUUCUCGGACUGGACGGGAAGAGGAGGGGACGAGGAGGAAGUGAUCCGGGAGACUCGGGAUUGUGCGACGAUGCAGUCGUGCUCAGUGACGCCACCGUGUGACCACUUGAAGCCCUGCGACGCCAAAGCUCUGGUGUCUGGCCAAGCGACAGCGGCCGGAGCGUCCCCGAGCACGCUGGCCGGCGUGGACCUCCGCGGGGGCUCCGGCUCGAGCGCGCCGGGACUGAGGACCGUGGCGGUGGACGUGUGGCACGUCCGCGAGUUUGAUGACUGCGAGGUUCCCCUGGAGAAUGUGGGACAACUUCACCAAGGAGACUCGUACGUGGUCCGCUGGACGUACAGGACCGGGGAAGGUGCUGACGACAGCACGACUUUUUUUGUGUGGCGAGGACGUCGCUCCGACGUGGGUGGACGGGACACCGUGGCCUUUCUCUCCAUCGGGAUCAACAACAAUGGAGAAUCACAGGUUGCGGUCGACCAAGGGAACGAGCCGCCGUGUUUCCUCCAACUCUUCAAGGGAGCUCUGGUCAUUCAUAAAGGCCACAGAGAGGCCCGGUCUUCUCACGCAGCAGAGCAAGCGGGCACGUGGCGCCUGUUUGCCGUCCGAGGGGAGCUCCCCGACGAGGGCUCGCUGCUGGAGGUGGAAUGCUGCUGCGCCUCUUUGCGCUCCAGAGGCUCUCUGCUUCUGAUCAACGGCCACCAGGCGGCGCUGUACCUUUGGACCGGUUGUAAAGCUCUGGCCAGCUGCCGGGACGUUUCCCAGAGGGCCGCGGAGUGCCUCGCCCGAGGGUGUCCGGAGGAAUUGGGCCUGAGUAAAAGUAGUCUUGUGAAGAUCCAGGCAGUAGAGGAAGGUUCAGAGCCAGCUGACUUCUGGGCGGCGCUGGGAGGCAUGGACAGGAAGGCCUACGACUGCAUGUUACAAAAUCCAGGUAAAUACAAGUUCACACCACGCCUCUUCCACCUGAGCGCCUCUCGCGGCAGCUUCCGAGCCCAGGAGCUGCACGGGCCGUCUCGCUCGCCGGGCCUUGCGGCGGCCAUGCCUUUUCUUCAGGAUGACCUGUAUGCGGCGCCAGCCGCGCUGUUCCUGCUCGACAACCGCUUUGAAGUGUAUCUGUGGCAGCGCGGCACGGCCGAGGAUCAAGCGGACAAGUGGCACGCCGAAAGGAAGUGCGCCAUGGAGACGGCGCUGCAAUACUGCAAAGAAGUCAACCCGAGACGCCCGCCACACGCUUACCUCAUCUUGGAGGGCUCCGAGCCUUUGACCUUCACUAACGUGUUCCCUGGCUGGGAAAGGAAAGAGGCAGCCCUCGGACAGGUCAGCGCUACAGCCGCGGGCAAGCUGACCUCGGUGCAGGACGCCCUGGCCCAGCUCACCGAGACCAGGACAAAACAAAGCCCCUUACCUGACAGCGCGGGCGCCGAAGGCCUCCGGUCGGACCGCGACCUGCAGACUACUUUGGAGCUGAAGCCCGAGUACUCCAGCUGCUAACAAGCUGACUUGAAACCAACCUAAGGACUUGUUUGCCAAAUGAAGACAAAAAAACAUGGUCAAAGUAGCUCGACUUUAUUUAUGUACCUUUUCAACAAGACACAGUGCAACAAGCAUUUUAUCUGUACAAAUUGCAGGUAGAAUAUACGAGAGGCUAUUCUAUCUACUUUACAUACACACACACACACACACACGACAAACUACGUAGUGUAUGUGGUGCCCGAGCGCUAAGAAAAGAUCAUCGAAUAAACAAUACAACACAG